UUUAGUUAGCUGACGAUGUAGUUGACUGUAGUUGUCUAUUUUGUGCAACACGACGAGUUAUAGUAAAGAUUCUGCCGAUGGCUGACCUUUAUUAGAUCUGGACGGUGACAACUCUUAGCUAAACAACUUCUGAAAAACAGCGUUCACACUGGUCCUCCUCGUGUUACCACACUUAUCCUGAAAUAACAUCACAGUCAGGUGGAUCCCGGUGAUUGUCAGGCCCACAGACAGUGCCGGUAACAUAUGGUUCAAGGUUUUGGACUAAUUACUUCGAACAUGGGACAAAUUAUGUUUAGCCUCGGUUGCCAGGGCUACGGAAGAAAGGUGUGCUGCACGAGCGGGGUAGACCCCGGGAAAGUGACGUCAUCGGACGGAGCUCCCCUCACCAGCUCUCAGCCCACAUCCAGUCAACAAGACUUCAGUAACACACUGCUGGAGAACUAGUGGUCUGUGUGCAGACAGGCUGCAGUGGAAAGUAGUUUACGGAGAUGGUGUCAUUUGAGGACGGUGAAUGUGGCUCAGGGACUGUUUACAAACGGAGAAGGACGACCCCAACAGAGGCGGUCACACCGGUCCGACAGCGCCCUACUGUCCGAUACAGAAAGCAGAAACUUAAGUCGAAGAUGAGUGACUCCGGUUUCGAAGAAGACUUGGGAUCCUCGCUGACUUCAUCCCCACUUCGAAUAGACGUGUCUCCCCUCCGUUCAGACGACCCGCCUGUAGGAGAGCUGUCCACCUGGUACCUGCAGUACGGAGACAUCGGUUACAAGAUUCAGAGGGAGAGAGAGGAGCCGUGCAAGAGCCUGGCACGCCAGCCACAAUUGUCUGCAGAGGCUCGGUGUAAGCUGGUCAGCUGGCUCAUCCCUGUGCACAAACAUUUCCGUCUGUCCUUUGAGUGCUGCUGUCUGGCUGUGAACAUCAUGGACCGGUUUCUGGUAUCCACACCGGUAGCUGCUGACUGUUUCCAGCUCCUGGGGGUCACUGCCCUCCUCCUGGCCAGUAAACAGGUGGAGGUGGGUUCACCCCGGAUAAGCCAUCUCCUGUCUUUCUGCUGUGACGCCUUCACUAAAGAGCAGCUCUGUAACCUGGAGUGUCUCAUCCUCCUGCGUCUCAACUUCCGCCUCUCUGCACCCACCCUGGCCUUUUUCCUUGACUAUUACACCAACUGCAUCAAGGCUGCCCAGCUUUCCUGUGCAGCUGGUGACAGGUUUGAAAAAAUGACUCCAGACACAAAGAAACCUGGGCUGUGCAGCAGCCUUGCACAAAAAGUGUGUGAGUUGAGCCUGGCAGACUAUGCUUUCAAUAAAUACCCUCCAUCUCUGACUGCUGGUUGUGCACUGAGGCUGGCCGGUGAGUUACUGAAAAGCGAACAAGGGCUUGUUCAGCAUGCAAAUAUCCAGUCACAGGAAGAUCAGUGGGAAAGUUUUAAAGAUGAACUAUGCAUCCAAAAAGCUGCAUUCAACCACACUCUGGCCCAGGAAUGCAAAGACAGCCUGAAAUUGUUGGUGUCAUUAAACCAGGAGGCAUUGGAUGUGAUAUAGCUAAACGUUUGCAAUGUUUAGAUGUUAACAAAAUGCCAAAUUCAACUCCUUUUGUAGGCGUUACACCCUAGGAUUGAUGUUUAAAAGUUGAUCCUGUUGUUUAUGUAUAUUUAAACUUCAUGUAUACCUCAGAAAAUCAGUUGGUUGCAACCACUGAAUAUUUUACAACGUAGCAUAAUUGUUUCAUAUUUAUAUAAGUGGAUUAUUGUUUACCAUAUUACCAAAGCCACUUUUUGCUGAUUAUGCACUGUGUUGCUGAAACUUUCUGUAACUGUGGAAACUGUUUUUUAAUGAAGGAACAUGAAA